UCCGGAAGUACACAAACACAGGGCACUCACGUUGCUUUUUUGCAAUGGAUACCAUACAUGCUUGUUUCAAAGAGAAGAUCGGUGAAGUACUUUUACCCGGAGAUGUGUUCUCAUUUAGUUUUCCUGAAUCUGGAGAUGGUAGUAUUAAAACAGAAAAGGUAAUAUGCGGUCCAGGUCUCCGGAGAAAUGGAGAGGAGGUUCAAGUGUGUAAAAGUGGAAUUUUGCGCCAUAAACAGCCAAAUAUGUACUGGAUAGACUCUCAGCAGAGACGGUAUGUACCAGCCAAAGGUGAAAGUGUGAUCGGUAUUGUGACUGCAAAGUCUGGAGACAUCUUCAAAGUGGAUGUGGGAGGAAGUGAACAGGCAUCUCUUUCAUAUCUGGCAUUUGAGGGAGCAACCAAAAGAAACAGACCUAAUGUGCAGGUUGGAGAUCUGGUGUAUGGCCAGUUCACAAUUGCAAACAAAGAUAUGGAACCCGAGCUGGUGUGUAUAGACAGCUGUGGCAGGGCUAACGGGAUGGGGGUCUUUGGAGCUGAUGGGCUGCUCUUCAAAGUGUCACUGGGACUAGUGCGCAGACUUCUGGCUCCUCAGAGUGAAAUAGUGAAGGACCUAGAGAAGAUUUUUCCCUUUGAGCUGGUUGUUGGGAUGAACGGCAGAGUGUGGGUGAAAGCAAAGACUGUUCAGCAGACGCUGAUAGUGACCAAUCUUCUGGAGACAUGUGAGAACAUGACCUCACAACAGAGACAGACGCUAUUCAAGAAAGUGGCAGAAGGCUCCCUCUAGAGGAUAUCGGAAACACCCCUUUUCCCACAAUACAACUGGCGCUGGACAUGCCGAAAACACCCAUCAUCAGAUUUCAGAUGUUCACACGCUGUGGAAAAAAAAGGAAAAAAAAAAAAAAAGCUUACAAUGGACAUCACUUCCUUUGUAUUUCCAGUUCUCGUGACAGAAUAAGAGAGAAAGGGGAAGUCAAUACGUUUGCCUUUGUUUCUUAAAAUACAUUUUUGUAUGAAUAAAAAUAAAUAAAAUACUGGUGAAACAGCA